CAAAAUGGCCAUGCCACAGAUAAGUCAAGCCGACCAAGCUAAACUGCAGCUCAUGCAAGAAAUGGAAAUCGAAAUGAUGUCUGACUUAUAUAACCGCAUGACAAAUGCUUGCCACAAAAAAUGCAUACCACCACGGUACGGCGAAGCUGAAUUGGGUAAAGGCGAAAUGGUUUGCAUUGACCGCUGCGUGGCCAAAUACCUGGAUAUUCAUGAGAAAAUUGGCAAAAAACUAACCGCCAUGUCCAUACAGGAUGAGGAGCUAAUGAAAAAGAUGUCUGGUUAAUCCACAAAAAGACCCACAAUAACUCAGGCUACACAACCAAUUCAUAAGAAAUAAAUAAAUAUUUUUAAAUAAGCUAGUUUUAAGCUUGCUCCUUUCACAUGCCGACUACAUUUAUCAUUUUUCCGAUUUCCGAUUUUCUUUUGUUAGCGUUUUCAUUAGAAUAGUUUUUGCCUGGGGCAGUUUUGUCAGAACCCGUUGCAACGUUUUGCUGUGCAAAGUGAGAAUAUGUGAAUAUAUUAUAAAUGUUGUAAAUGCAUUUCAUACGAGUACUAACCGUACUCUUCUUACUAGUUCAAUAAAAAACCAUUUUUGUUUUUUUAAAAUAAAAUAAAACCUCACUUUUUGUAUAAUUUCAUAAAAUUGGAAGUUAUCACAUAAUUUCAAUACCAACAUUAAGUUUGAAUAAAUAUAUGUAUGUAUGUAUGUGUAUAAGCGCAGAACAAGAUGAACCCGCGACAGUCGGUUUAUGUUACCGGAAGAAUGGCCCGGAUUUAUAACUGGCCACGGACUGUCACUCCAGCAACAUUCCCCAAAAACCUUAAUGGGAAAUGUUUAACCUGUUGCAACAACAACAACGAAAUCUUAGCUUAAGUCAGGAGCGAAUCGAUUCAAUUGAAGUUUGUUAUGUAACGUGAAAGUUCAGGUAUAAGCACGGAAAUAUCCUGCAAAAACGGAAAAUUAAAAAGUUAAUUCAUUUACAAA